AUGGUUUUAAAGGUGGGACACAGCGAGAGCUCAAGUGCAACCCUUUCUUCCAACGUGCCUUCCUGCAAGUCCCUGUCCUCCUGUCACGCUAGCUUCUCUGAUGGGGAGCUUGCCCAGAACGUUCGGGAAGGUGUCACGCAUCGCAUGCUCUACCUCUCAGAGCAGCUUAGAGUGGAGAAGGCCAGACGAGAUGAGAACACCAUGAGCUACCUCAAGCUGGUCUCCAGAGCUGACCAGCAGCAGGCCCCGCACAUCCGGAAGGCUUUUGAGAAGGUGAACCAGCGCACCUCUGCCACCAUUGCGCAGAUCGAACGAAAGCUGUACCGGUGUCACCGGCAGCUAAAGUCGCUGGAGAUGGACUGCAGCCCCACGUGCUCAGUGCUAGAAGUGGACAAAAGCCUGGACAGCUGUGGGCAGCCUCAUGUGAGGGCCUCAUAUUCCGAGUCUCCCAAGCCAAGAGGGAAAGAUGGCCCAUCCGGCGUGCCUGCUGUUGCUAGGUCCCCCACUCUGGAGAGUCAUUUGUCAGGCUCACAGCAGGGGAUAAUCUCCGAGUCAAAGCACGUGGCCCAGCAAAGAAAGCUGCUGUUGAAGACGGCGAAGGAAGAGCUGGCAGAAGUCAAGGAGGUACACGCUGGCCUUCAAAGAUCCCAUCAGAGCUUCAAGGAGAGGUACCUCGCAGACCUACAGGGGGUACUUGAGGCCCUGUGUGAGAAGAAAUGCAGACAAUCAUUGAUGGCAGAACAGGUGAACAACCACCUGCAGAGACAUCUGGAUGAAAUUUGCCACCUCAAACAGCACCUGGCCUGCACUGAAGAGAAAAUGGCUUAUUUGUCCUAUGAAAGAGCCAAGGAAGUAUGGGAAACCAUGGAGACUUUCAAGAGCAGAAUAUCCAAGCUAGAAACACUUCAGCAAGCCACUCAGGUGGAGAUGGUGGCCCACCUCAGAAGGUGUCCCCAGAACUUUUUGUUCAAAUUCAUAAGCCUGCUCCUUACACUGGCCACCAUCCUCUUAGUCUUGGUCUCCACCAUGUGCUCCUUCCCCUUGCCCCUGGUCAACUCGCGUUUGCGCAUUUGCACCGCACUCAUGCUGAUUGGCCUCGGGGCCACGGUCUGGCAAAAGCGGCAUACCACCCCCAUCGUGGACUGGCAGGCCUGGGUCCCGUUAAGGUGGAGACCGGCCUCUAAGCCUCCAUCAGAUGGCUAA